UACCUUUGCAAGGAUGAUUUGGCCCUGGGGAGGGACUCACCUGGCCCUUCAGGUCUCUCCUAACUCUGCUCCCUCCCAAUCCUGUGUCCCCCCCACCUUUGUGUUGCAGAAGGAAGAAGUGGACGACAACACCGACGAGAACAUGGAGGGGGCUCUGAUAGCCCGGGACAGGGUCGGGGUGCAGGACUUUGUGCUCCUGGACUCCCACACCAGCGAGGCUGCUUUCCUCAACAACCUGCGGAAGCGGUACCAGGAGAACCUCAUCUAUACAUACAUUGGUACCCUCCUCGUGUCUGUGAACCCUUACAAGGAGCUGGACAUCUACACCGUGACUCAGAUGCAGCUCUACCGAGGGGUGAACUUCUUUGAACUGCCACCGCAUCUAUAUGCCAUAGCUGACAAUGCCUACCGGGUGAUGUGCAGCGAGUACAACAACCACUUCAUCCUCAUCUCUGGAGAGAGUGGGGCUGGGAAGACAGAGGCAUCCAAGAAGAUCCUGCAGUACUACGCAGUGACCUGUCCCACCACGGAGCAGCUGCAGAUCGUCCGGGACCGGCUGCUCCUUUCCAACCCUGUUCUUGAGGCUUUUGGGAAUGCAAAAACUCUGCGCAAUGACAACUCGAGUAGGUUUGGGAAAUACAUGGACAUCCAGUUUGAUUUUAAGGGAGCACCAGUGGGAGGGCACAUCCUCAGCUACCUAAUUGAGAAAUCCAGAGUUGUCCACCAAAACCACGGGGAAAGGAAUUUCCAUAUUUUCUACCAGUUGUUGGAGGGUGGAGAGAAGGAUCUUCUGUCCUGGCUCGGGCUGGAGCGCAACCCCCAGAAGUACACGUAUCUCAUCCAGGGUCGAUGUGCCAAAGUGUUUUCUAUUAAUGACAAGAACGACUGGAAAAUAGUCCGCAAAGCUUUUUCUAUCAUUGACUUCACUGAGAAAGAUGUCGAGCACCUCUUUGGAAUUGUUGCCAGUGUCCUGCACCUCGGGAACAUUCAGUUUGAAGAGGACAGCAAUGGCCAUGCCAUCAUCCGGGAUGGCACCCAGAUCAAGUGGAUUUCAAAGCUCCUGGGUGCUCACCUGUCCAUCCUGCAGGAAGCUCUCACCCACCGCAAGAUCGAGGCCAGAUCCGAAGAGGUCCUGAGCCCGCUGAACGUGGAUCUGGCAUUCUAUGCUCGGGACGCCGUAGCCAAGGCGAUUUACGGACGGACUUUCACGUGGCUUGUCAACAAAAUCAACAGCUCUCUGGCCAACAAGGAUUCAACUCAGAAAACAGUUAUUGGCCUGCUGGAUAUCUAUGGCUUUGAAGUGCUGGACACAAACAGCUUUGAGCAGUUCUGCAUUAAUUACUGCAAUGAGAAGCUCCAGCAGCUGCUGAUUGAGAUGACCCUGAAAGCAGAGCAGGAGGAAUACGAACUGGAAGGGAUAGAGUGGGAGCCAAUCCCAUAUUUUAACAACAAAAUCAUCUGUGACUUGGUUGAGCAGAAGCACAAAGGAAUAAUCUCCAUUCUGGAUGAGGAAUGUUUACGGCCUGGGGAAGCGACUGACCUGAGCUUCUUGGAAAAGCUGGAAGAGAAAGUAGGAGAUCAUGCCCACUUCGUGACUCGCAAACUCGCGGACCAGAAAACGCGGAAAUCCAUCGACUGGGUGGAUUUCCGGCUCCUCCACUACGCAGGAGAGGUCACUUACUGUGCUGUUGGAUUUCUGGAGAAGAAUAACGAUCUGCUGUACAGAAACCUGAAGGAGGUUCUGUGCAACUCCAAGAAUGCCAUCAUUAGAGAUUGUUUCCUCCUGUCAGAGCUGGACAACAGGAGGAGACCAGAGACUGUUGCAACCCAGUUCAAAAACAGCCUGACAAGUCUGAUAGAAAUCCUGAUGUCCAAGGAGCCUUCUUACAUCCGCUGCAUUAAACCCAACGACAACAAGGAGCCUGGGAAGUUUGAUGAUUUCCUGAUCCGACACCAGGUGAAGUACCUGGGCCUGAUGGAGCAUCUGCGGGUGCGACGAGCCGGCUUCGCGUACCGGCGCAAGUACGAGCUCUUCCUGCAAAGGUAUAAAUGCCUCUGUCCAGCUACCUGGCCCAACUGGCAUGGGACAGCAGCUGAGGGUGUGGAGAGGCUCAUCAAGCACAUAGGUUACAAGCCUGAGGAGUACAAAUUAGGAAGAACCAAAAUAUUCAUUCGUUUCCCAAAGACUCUGUUUGCUACAGAAGAUGCCUUUGAGUACAGGAAACAACUGCUGAUUUCAAGACUACAGGCCAAAUACAAAGGAUUUCUUGGGAAAAGAGCAUACCAGAAGAAGAGGAAAGCAGCCAUCAAGCUGGAGGCGUGUUGGCGAGGAGCGCUGGCACGGAAGGAGGCCAAGAAGAGGACGUGGGCAGUUCAGACAAUCAGGAAGUUCAUAACUGGCUUCAUCAAUCGGAAGAAGCCCCUUUGCCCAGAGAACAGGGAGUUUGUGAGGCUUGCCCAGUACAACUACCUGGUGAAGCUCCGAGACCACCUUCCAAAAAAUGUCUUGGACAAGAGCUGGCUCCAACCUCCCUCCAUCCUGGAAGAGACAUCCGAGCUGCUCCAGAAGAUCUGCAUGAGGAACCUGGUGAGGAAAUACUGCCGGGGGGUCACUGCCGAGAGGAAAGCGCAGUUGCAGCAGAAGGUGGUGACCAGUGCUGUUUUCCGAGGGAAGAAGGAGGGAUAUGUCCAGAGCAUCAACCAGCCCUUCCUGGACACACGGCUGAAAGUGAAUGAUAUAAACCCCAAAGUGCUGCAGCUCAUCCAAGGGGAGAACAUCAAGUAUGUGACCCCCGUGAUAAAAUAUGACAGGAACGGGUUCAAGGCGCGGGAGCGGCUCCUGGUGCUGACCCAGAGCUCGGCCUACGUGGUGGAGGUGGCAAAGGUCAAGCAGAAGAUCGACUACUCCACACUGAAAGGGAUCUCCACCAGUAACCUGAGUGAUGGGAUCGUGGUCAUUCAUGUUCCAGAGGACAACAAACAGAAGGGCGAUGUGAUCCUGCAGUGCGAGCACGUCUUCGAGACGGUGACGAAGCUCUGCAUGUUGGCCAACAAGCAAAGCCUCGUUAAGGUUGUGCAGGGAAGCCUCCGGUUCCGCAUCGGCUCCGGGAAGGAGGGGACGAUGAUGUUCACUGUGGGGAAGGAGCCUCAGGUCUUCAAGGACAAGACUGGACAACUAACAGUGGUGUCAACCCAAGUAAAGUCUUGAUGAGAACCAGUUCCUGUUCCUGGCCCUGCCUUGGCUGGGAGCAGAAAGGAGCCUGCAGGAUGAGACCAGCCCUCACAUCUCCCCUGGAAUCUCUGAUGCCACAGGGCUGCUGUGAUUUGAGAGUUUGCUUGCAUCUUUUAGGCUCUUUUUUAUAGCUUAAAACUACUAUAGCUAAAUAAA